UGACAGUUAGUCCCAUUGACCAUUGAGAUUUUACCCAAAAGUGCUGGCUCUGUUUAUGAAUGUAAAAACCAGGUAGAGCCAUAGCUAAUCAACAGCGGUGGAUAAGUUUGACAGCAGGUGAAUUUGUAAAUUAAAAUUUAAAAAAUUUUAAAUGAUAGAUAAGGAGGACCCGUAACACACACUAACUGCAUAAGUAAUUCUGGGUUCCUCUCCCUUUUCAUGCUGAAGAAGCCAUGAAGAAAGAAAAUCAAUCCUCUCAUCUGGAUUUUAUUCUCCUGGGAGUUACCGGUCAGCAAGAACAGAAUAAUGUCUUCUUUGUGAUUUUUUUGUGCAUUUACCCCAUCUCACUGACUGGAAACCUGCUCAUCAUCUUGGCCAUUCAUGCUGACAUUCGCCUUCACAACCCCAUGUAUUUUUUCCUUGUCAACCUCUCCUUGGUUGACAUAUUCUCCUCAUCUGUAAGCAUCCCUAAGAUACUGGCCAACCAUCUCUUGGGCAGCACGUCCAUCUCCUUUGGGGGAUGCCUAACGCAGAUGUAUUUCAUGAUAGCCUUGGCGAAUGCAGACAGCUAUACCUUGGCUGCAAUGGCAUAUGAUCGAGCUGUGGCCAUCAGCCGCCCACUUCACUACACAACAAUUAUGAGUCCACGGUCUUGUGUCCUGCUAGUUGUUGGGUCUUGGGUGGUUGGAAACGCCAGUGCCCUCCCCCACACUCUCCUCACAGCUAGUUUGUCCUUCUGUGGCAACCAGGAAGUGGCCAAUUUUUACUGUGACGUUAUGCCUUUGCUGAAGUUGUCCUGUUCUGACACCCGCUUUAAUGUGAAGAUGAUGUACGUAGCAGUUGGCGUUUUCUCUGUGCCAUUGCUAUGUAUCAUUGUCUCCUAUGUUCAGGUCUUUUCCACAGUCUUCCAAGUUCCCUCCACCAAGAGUCUAUCUAAAGCCUUCUCCACCUGUGCCUCCCACCUCACGGUUGUUUUUUUAUAUUAUGGUACAACGAUGGGCAUGUAUUUGCGCCCUCUGACCAGUUACAGCCCAAAAGAUGCAGUGAUCACUGUGAUGUAUGUGGCAGUGACCCCAGCAUUAAAUCCAUUCAUCUAUAGUCUGAGAAAUCGGGACGUGCAGGCAGCCCUGCGGAAACUCUUCAGCAAGAGAAUCUCCUCAUAGCCACUGUGAGAUUAUACAUUGGAUACUGGAAUGACCAAUUGGGAAACAUUUAGAAAUCCAGCCCUAGGCCGGGCAUGGUGGCUCACGCCUGUAA